CUCGUUAAUGGAAUAAACUUAUUGAGUUUUGAUUGUAUACCUUUUGUCUUUUUCUAAAUGUUUUGAUAUAAAUACUUGAGAUCAACUCAUCAUUAUUUUAUCAUGCAUUUUGCUUAUAGCUAUUAACAAGCUAUAAGUAUAGUGCAAGAAAUUUAGAUAUUAUAAAGAGAGCACACAUAAAAUGAUUGGGUGGGAGGAUGUGUAUAAAGUGGUAGUAGCUGUGGUACCACUUUAUGUUGCUCUAGUAUUAGGCUAUGGUUCCGUAAGGUGGUGGAAAAUUUUCACAAGAGAACAAUGUGAUGCAAUAAACAAACUAGUUUGUUAUUUCACAUUACCACUCUUCACCUUUGAAUUCACAGCAAACAUAGAUCCUUUCAAGAUGAAUUUCUUAUUUAUAGGCGCCGACACUUUAUCGAAGUUAAUCAUCGUCGCGGUGUUAGCUCUUUGGGCUAAAUGUAGUAGAAAAGGAAGUUAUUGUUGGUCUAUAACAAGUUUCUCUUUGUGUACUCUAACAAACUCUCUUGUUGUUGGAAUACCAAUGGUGAAACCUAUGUAUGGACCUAUGGGUGUGGAUCUUGUGGUUCAAGCUUCGGUUGUUCAAGCUAUUGUAUGGCUCACUUUGCUUUUGAUUGUGUUGGAAUUUAGAAGAACGGGAAUAGAGGGUGCUAAUAGCACAAAUUUGAAACCAAAGGCUAGUAGUAUUAGUAAUGUGGUUAUAGGUGAUGAAGUUGUAGAAAGGAAAGAUGUGGAGGCAAAUACUAUAGUGGAAGAUACAAGUAGUAGGCUUCCUUUUUUUCAAUUGAUGAAGCGUGUGUGGCUUAGAUUUAUAGUGAAUCCAAACUCUUAUGGUUGUGUUGUUGGCAUUUCAUGGGCUUUCAUAUCCAAUAGGUGGAAUUUGAAAAUGCCAAGCAUGGUAGAGGGGUCUGUAUUGAUCAUGUCAAGGGCUGGGACGGGGACUGCCAUGUUUAGUAUGGGUAUUUUCAUGGCACUUCAGGAGAAGGUGAUUUCGUGUGGACCAAGUUUGACUGUAAUUGGUUUGGUUUUAAAGUUCAUUGCUGGACCAGCUGCAAUGGCUAUUAGUGCCAUCAUUGUAGGAUUGCGUGGUGACGUUUUACGAGUUGCCAUCAUUCAGGCAGCAGUACCACAAUCCAUCACAUCCUUCAUUUUUGCUAAAGAAUACGGAUUGCAUGCCGAGGUUCUUAGCACUGCGGUUAUCUUUGGAAUGAUUGUUUCGCUUCCGAUCUUAAUUGCCUACUACGUAAUAUUGGAGUUCAUUCAUUGAUUUUUAGAGAUGCUAUUAUUGUUCCUGCAGUUCAUUGUUAUCCAUUGAAUUGAAUGUAACAACACCUUUAAAUUAAACCAUAUAUCAUUCCUUCACGUUAUUUAAAACAAUUUAUUUUAAUGCACCAAUUGUUAUGUAGCCAAAGUGUAUUUAAAUUAUUUACAAACAAACUAAACCAUAAUGUAACUUUUUUGCUA